GAGAGCGCCUGGGCCCCGCCCUUUGACUCUCCUCGUUAAGAUGUAUUUUUUGUGUUACUGGUUUGUUUAUGAUGCGGAUCUGGCUCCGGGUAUCUUGACAGUUGAUCUUAUGUUGUAAAUAUGCGCUUUUUGGUUUCUGCUUUCAUAGAAUAUACUGUGCUAUGAACGAGACAUUUUUAUAAGAGGGUAGAAAGCUAGUUAGCAGUAGGCGUUGGUCAGCCGUACGACCAGAUUACAUUUGUUAGCCUAGCAUUUUGCUAAUAUACUGUAACGUUAACGUUACAGUUAUGGCGUGACGUUGGACAGGAAAGUGGUUGACGACGCCUGGGCCAAGCCUUUUAAAUUAUAACCUAAAUAAAGAAGGCAGUAUAUAUAUGUGUGCAUGUGUGUAACACUUCCAUUCGCAGGUUAGGCUUUUAAACAGCUGCCUGGCGACUAAGUUGGACUAGCAAGUGCGCUAAAUUCAUGUUAGCAUGGCGUCAGAUACAAGUGACACCGAGGAAUUCUAUGAUGCUCCCGAGGACGUUAAUUUCACUCCAUCUCCCAAAGUGUCACCUGCAAAGUUUGUCAUUCCUUCACCUCAGCUUUCUCAGAGAUCAGAAAACGCUGCACAAGAUGUGAGCUGCCGAGUGGCCACAUCUGAGACUCAGCAAGAUGAUUCCCUACUGAUCAUUGAUAGCAUCAUUGAGGAGAGUCAAAAGGGAAGUGGUGGCGAUGUUGGUGAGGUGGCUCAGCUGUUAGAUCAGCUACAUGUUGAUGUAAGAGCAGAGCCGGAACCAGUUGAAGAGAAUAAUGCUCAGGAAGUUCCUGUGGAGCUAGCAGCGCCAGCUGUCGAACCUCAGCUUGUCGAGAGGCCCGAGGAUCAACAGGAAAGUGCAGCAACAAAUGGAGCAUGCUCAAUACCUGGCCCUGAACCCACAGAUCGCCCAGGGCCAUCAGUUGGGUCACAGGAAGGUGUUCAGCCCCCAGACAUCACAAGCACCGUAGGACUGGGUCAGCCUGAUGGGGCUGUUGUGGUUGCCGAAGGGGAGCAGGAGCAGAGACCUGCAGAUAUCUUAGACCAGGUCCCAUUCACGGACAUGCAGGCUGACUCGGACUCCUCUGGGCCUUUGAAACCCCCACGGCAAUUCACAGUGGAACCAGACAUUGUAGCAAGCACCAAGAAGCCUCCUCCCUCACGCCCACCCCCUCCCAGCGGAGGUCCUCCACCGAGACCGCCGCCACCGUCUUGGCAGAGUCUACCCUCCAAGAAGUCUCAGGAGCGUCUGAGGCCGAGUGGACUGGAAGUGUCUGCAGUCAGCGGUGAUGUCCUGGAGCCUUCCGGCCUGGUGUCUCCUAGCAGCACAGUGAGGAGUCUAACUAAAGAGCUGCAGCAUUCCUUGGAUCUGGCCAGUGCCACCAGUGGAGACAAAGUGGUCACAGCACAGGAAAAUGAGGAUGAACAGGCUUCAUUUCAGAGUGGAGGACAAACUCCAGGCCCUCAGCGUCCACGUUCCAACUCUGGUAGAGAACUGACAGAUGAGGAAAUCCUGGCCAGUGUGAUGAUCAAGAAUUUGGACACUGGGGAAGAGAUCCCUUUAAUCCAGGCGGAAGAGAAGCUUCCUGCGGGGAUUAACCCCCUUACUCUGCACAUCAUGAGGAGGACCAAGGAGUACAUUACGAAUGAUGCCGCACAGUCAGAUGACGAUGACAAGGCUCAGGCUCCACUGGCAGACACAGAUGGAGGAAAACUAAAACAGAAAACAACCCAGUUUAAAAAGUUCCUGGGCAAGUCUGUGAAGAAGGCCAAGCAUCUUGCUGAGGAAUAUGGAGAGAAGGCAGUCAACAAAGUGAAAAGUGUGCGUGAUGAAGUGUUCCAUACAGAUCAGGACGAUCCGUCAUCCAGUGACGAUGAGGGCAUGCCUUACACCAGGCCUGCCAAGUUCAAGGCAGCACACAGCUUCAAGGGUCCCUUUGACUUUGAUCAGAUUAAGGUUGUACAGGACCUGAGUGGGGAGCACAUGGGGGCCGUUUGGACGAUGAAGUUCUCUCACUGCGGGAGGCUGCUGGCAACAGCAGGCCAAGAUAAUGUGGUUCGCAUCUGGGUCUUAAAGAGUGCCUUUGACUACUUCAAUAACAUGAGAUUAAAGUACAACACUGAAGGUCGAGUUUCACCUUCUCCUUCUCAGGAAAGUUUAUGCUCCUCUAAAUCUGACGAUCCUGGAGCAAGUUGUGCUCCAGAGGACCCAGACACAGAAGAUAGGAAUGCCCCUUUCCGUCAGGUCCCCUUCUGCAAGUAUAAAGGCCAUACGGCUGAUCUAUUGGACUUGUCCUGGUCAAAGAACUUCUUCCUCCUCUCCUCUUCAAUGGAUAAAACGGUCAGAUUGUGGCACAUAUCCAGGAGAGAGUGUCUCUGCUGCUUUCAGCACAUUGAUUUUGUCACAGCCAUUGCUUUCCAUCCCAGAGAUGACAGAUAUUUUUUAAGUGGCUCUCUGGAUGGAAAGCUACGGCUCUGGAACAUUCCUGACAAGAAGGUGGCGCUGUGGAAUGAGGUGGACGGCCAAACGCGCCUCAUCACGGCAGCUAACUUCUGCCAAAAUGGAAAGUAUGCCGUCAUCGGCACCUACGAUGGUCGAUGCAUCUUCUAUGACACAGAGCGUCUAAAAUACCACACUCAAAUUCAUGUGAGGUCAACCAGAGGCAGGAACAAAGUUGGCCGUAAAAUCACUGGUAUUGAACCUCUACCUGGAGAGAAUAAGAUUUUGGUGACCUCAAAUGAUUCCCGCAUUCGCCUUUAUGACCUGAGGGACUUGUCUUUAUCCAUGAAAUACAAAGGUUAUGUCAACAGCAGCAGCCAGAUCAAGGCAAGCUUCAGUCAUGACUACUCCUUCAUAGUCAGUGGCUCAGAGGAUAAGUACGUGUACAUCUGGAGCACUUACCACGACCUGAGCAAAUUCACAUCCGUACGACGGGACCGCAAUGACUUCUGGGAAGGAAUUAAAGCACACAAUGCAGUGGUCACCUCAGCAAUUUUUGCACCGCACCCAGGCCUUAUUGUUCCACAAGAAGCUGGAGCAGACAAACCAGAAGCAGAGUGCAAGAGCCUGGACUCCACAGACUCUGAAACGAUACCCUCAGGAGCCCUAAAGACCGAUCACACAGAGGUUCUGCUCUCUGCCGACUUCACUGGAGCCAUCAAGGUUUUCAUCAAUGUCAAAAAGUACUGAACACUUCAGAGGUUGCCAGCUCCCCACACUCAUGGCCUGUCAGUCGGAGAUCAGUCCUUAAGAUGAAGGACAGCCUGUCAGAGGCCAUCUGACGUCACCUAAUGGUUAUUGCUCUGAGACAAAGAGCCGCCUGUAGCUUUUUCGGGAGAACACGGACCCCAAAAUGGAAGAUGAGAGAAUUGGCUGUACAGUACAGACAAGGUGUGAUUCUCUGUCACAUUUCUAUUUUUUAUCUUUAAUACCAAGCAACUGUGAAUGCUUUGGCAUUAAGAAAACAAACAAAAAAAACAGCCGGAAAUGCCAAGUGUGUGUGGUCUGUUCAGAUAUUGGUUAAUUUACAGCUGUAUGGUCAAGACUGAGUAUAGCUAGAAGGCUGUUUGUAACAGUAUGGGCACCUUACUAAUUUCUUUUGCUCCCACAUUUCAGAAAAUAUAAGUGCAAGAUACUGUCCUAAUCUUAGUCACAGAAUUGAAUGUGUCUUAUGUAAAGCGAUGUAACCAUUUGUCUUGAAAGCAAGGUGGUUGGAAAUUAUUUGUGCCUACGCAAUCUAGAUCGCUUUUCUAAAUUCAACUUCUCAAGCUUUCCUCUAAAAUAUAUCAACCAACAUUACAGUGGAUGACAGCAAAUCUACAGUACAGGAAAUCUGUAUACGGUUAU